UUUAAAAUCUGAAAAAGUUGAGGAAAUGAAAACUUAAUUAUAGCAAAACUCUUUUUUUCAUAAUAGAGACAUGCAAACUUGAUGGUGUACGACUUCAGUGGGGAACGAUUUCGAGAGCAAUACUCUACGAUUUUUAGGGACCGGAUAGUUUAACCUGCUGCACUUCUCUGUGAAAUGGAAGAUCCAUCAUUUUUCGAUCGGAUGAUCAGUCAUCUGAGAGCAACUUGCAAGUACUAUACUGGUUAUCCAAAGGACCUUGGACCAUCACGGGUUAUUCAUUUUACCUCUGAGCGUGAGUUUGUUAAACUCCUUCACGAAGGUUUCCCUGUUGUUGUUGCAUUUACCAUCAGGGGGAACUACACACGGCAUCUUGACAAAGUAUUAGAAGAAUCUGCUGCUGAGUUUUAUCCAAAUGUAAAAUUUAUGCGUGUUGAAUGUCCAAAAUAUCCUGGGUUUUGUAUAACUCGGCAGAAAAAGGAGUAUCCAUUCAUUGAGAUAUUUCACAGUCCAACACAAGCAGCUAACCAGGGAAGGGUAGCUGAUCCAAAUAUUACUAAAUACAACGUGAAGGUCUUGCCUUUCAACUACGAUGUUAGUGCUUACGGUUUUAGAGAAUUCUUCAAGCAACAUGGUAUACGGGCAUCAGAUCCAAAGUAGGUGGAAAGAUUCUAUCUCUAAUACACUAAGUUCCGUACCUCAUCAUGCUACCUGUUUGAACAAAAUGUAAUUCUGUACAUCUUCACAAAUCAACAACUUGAGGACAGUUAUAUUUACCAGUAAGGUUGAUGCCCAAACCUAUAACUAUGGUUUUGUAAUUUUGUUCUCGUCAUGGACAUUUUUUGUUCUUUUCCUUUUGUUUAAGCAUUUUCAAUUACUCUAUGUUAAAAAAUUAUCCAA